AUGGCCACCCCUCAAUUUCCCUAUUCAAUGAAAAUCUCCCUUCCUCUUCCCACGAACCGUCUCGCCUCCGCCGCGCUGCGCAGCCUUGAAGUCGACGCCGAGCUGUCUCAGUUCGUCCAGCGGAACCUGGAACUGGUGCAUCCCGCGAAAGAAGAAGCCCACACAGAGGACGAGUCGGACAAGACGGUCCUGGAUAUCACGUACCGGGCUACUACAAACCGGAUGUUACGCGUGGCGGUGAACGGGUUCAUGGAGAGCGUGGGGGUCGUUCUGGGGGUGAUGGAAGAGCUGGAUGUGGACGUUUUGGAACAUGGGGAGGAAUGA